AUGCCGAAAACUGUGCAGCAAGCGAAAACGGUGGUGGCCUAUAUGUUGACAAGAAGCUCACCCAGAUCUCGCAUGCAUCGCUUCAUGCAGAUACAUGCUCAGCACGCGACGGCGGGGGUGUCUUUGUCGGUACAAGCUAUGACCAGGAAGCCCACAGCACUGCACGUUUCACGACCUGCAGAGCGAGGCGAGAUGGUGGCGGCGCCUUCGUCAGAGGAAGGUUUCGCCAGAGCAAUCACAGCAAAGUAUAUUUUGCGAGUUGCCGGGCAACGUUCGGUGGCGGCCUGCGCUAAAGAAGUGCACCAGCAUUUGAACUCCUCCUUCGAAGCCGAGAACUGUACAGCAACCGAUGGUGGUGGCAUUCAUCUCUCCCGCCCAGACAACAUCCUCGGCUCAGCUUCUCGAGCUAGCUUCCAUCAAAGAGAGCAGAGUUCUGCGCGGUUUGGCUAUUGCAGGGCGGAGAAAAGAGGUGGUGGCCUUAACGUUGAGGAUGACUUUCUCCAGGGCUUUGACUCCUGGCUUCAUGCGGACCAGUGUGUGGCAACCCACGGCGGUGGCGUUUUCAUCGGGGGAAGCCUCAGUCAAACAGAGCACAGCUUGGCGAGAUUCACAAGCUGCAGUGCCAAGGAAACCGGUGGAGGUGUGUGGAGUGCCGAUGUUCAUCAAGAAGACCACAGCUCUGCGAUCUUGAAGAAUUGCUCUGCUAAAGAGGGCGGCGGGAUUUUCGUUAACGCGAGUUUUUACCAACUAGGACACAGCUCUUCUAGAUUUACGAGCUGCAGUGCAGAACUCUUCGGUGGUGGUCUCCGCGUUCGUGGCGAUCUCAUCCAGAACACGAGCAGCCAGUUGCAUGCAGAGGAUUGCUUUGCGAGGGCAGGUGGAGGCUUGUUCGUAACCAGUUUCUCUCAGGAGCAAGACAGCCAGGCUGAGUUCGAGAAUUGCACCGCUGUGCGGGAUGGUGGCGGCAUGUUCGCGGAUGCCACAUUCGCUCAGGGCGCAGGUGGCCACACUCGCUUCGAGAGAUGCACGGCAUUGCAACAAGCUGGUGGUGGCCUAUCAGCCCGGACCCUAUUCUCGAACGGUUCCAUCCACUUUCGAUCCUGCAGUGCUGACAAAGGGGGUGGGCUUCAUGUCCAAGAUGAUGGGAAAUUGCAUUGCGGAGGUGCUUUGCUCUUUCAGGACUGCGCGGCCACAGCAUCUGGUGGCGGAAUAUUGUCUGAGGCUGGUGAAGAACAAGCUAUCGCAAAUCUGAGUUUCGAGCGCUGUCGGGCCAGAGCUGCGUCGGCGCUCAUGAUGACUUCCAGCAGCACUGACUUGCAACUCAAGCAGCUAUUCAUGACUGAUAACACAGGUAACGAUGGGGUGGACAUCAUUGCUGCAGGUAGCAUUGCAAUCGAAGCAGCUCAUUUUCACUCUCAAUCCGGCGGUGUUCAAAUCGAAACAGCGCAGUCGUUGCGUUUAGAUGAUGUGCUGGACUGUACCAAUGUCAGCAGCUGUACAUUCCGUGCCAAGACAGCGCAUGUGGCUGGGUUCCGCUGCCCGGUGGGCACAGGAGUGGGCAGCGGCAUAAGUUCGCUCGAUCAGGGCUGUCUGGUCUGUGCCGAGGGCUACACACAGGUUUUGUUCGGCAGCAGCGAGCCAUGCCUUCACUGCCCUGACAAAGCACGCCAAUGCUUUGCCAGCCACUUCGAGAUGCAGAGUGGGACGAUGGUGGAGCACACGAAUGUCAGCCGCAGCUUCCAUUGCCCAAACGAGGCUGCCUGCCCUGGUGGUCAAUUGCCGGGUGGGACCCCCAUGUGUGCUGAAGGCUACAAUGGCCCAGGUUGUGUUGGGUGCACAACCGGCCAUGCCAAGGCCGACAGCAGUGUGCUCUCAUGCACGAGGUGCAGUGACGAGAGACUUGUGCAGGCAUCGCAGUGGAUGCUUUUCCUCUCCCAGCGAAUGCUCCUUUUCGGCCUCACAGCCACGAGUGCCGGCGCCAAAAGCGCUGGCGACUUGAAGGAGAGCAGCAUUUAUUUGAAUCAGCUGAUGGCCUUCGCCACUAUAUCGACCAUGGUCUUCACAGCAGUGAUGCAGACAAACACUGCGAAGGACCUGAAGAGCAAUGCAAUCACUUUCUUGUUUGGUGCUGCCAUGGUUGUGGCUGACACCGGGUCUGGCCAAGGUUCCGUAGGCUUCGCCUCCUCGCAGUGCUUGCUGUCCUACAUCGGCUUUCAGCAGACUCUAGGGGGCUCGCACAUGUUGGACAUGACGGUGGCAGCUGUCCUAGUGGUAAUCCUAUCGUUGGUCAAGGACCACCGUGUGGCUCUCGCUGCUGGAUUGAACUGCUUCUUGCCCAGCAUCGUAGCGGAUUUUGGCAAGUACAUGGUAUGCUAUCGCCUUGAGCCGGACGACGGCUCUGGCCUCGAGCGCCUGCAUUGCCCGUUUCUGCCGGAGGGUUCCAAGGGUGCCGGCUUCGUGCAGGUGUGCGCCGGCCUCGUCCUGUUCUUGACUGUCGCCCUUUUGGCAUGGGUCCGCCUCUCCAUGUCGAAGGAGCUUCCUCCACCAAGUCAUGUUGUCUUCCUGACGGGCAAGUACAAGGAGACGUAUGCCCUGUUUGAGAUGGAGCGGUUGGUGAGGAAGACGCUCUUGACUUUUAUCGGAGCCAUGCUCCCCAUUGCAUCUGCACCGGCUCUUCAGAUGGGUUGUCUAGGUGCGGUGGUCUUCUCCUCGUUGCUGCUCUAUGGUGCAGCCCAGCCGUAUCAUACUCCGGCAUGGAAUCGGAGUGAGAUUGCGUUGCUGGCCACCGCCACGUACAUGAUCAUGGUUUCCGGCUUGCUUGCGAACGAGUUCCACUGGGGUCACUCAGUGGCCACCCAGCAGUUCAUCAUCGUCUCCACAAUGAUCCUUGGGGGCGUGGUGAGCUCCUACAUGAGCUUCCGAGUGUUCCAGGAGCUGAUCGUAGAACAGACCCGAGCCGUGUCUCGGGAAUCUAAGGGCUAA